CCCUGAGCUGGCAUGACGACUCUUGGAGCUCUGACAGGAAACUUUUCUUCUUGUUGCUCCGCACUUCAGCAGCAGCAGCAGCAGCAGCAGUCUUCAGACUCCAGCAGAGCUCCAUCGCUUUCAGCAGGAGUUUUUACUAUCUGAAAUGCACUUGACUGGACUCUGCGGGGUUUACGGGAGCUUCUCAUCUCACGACUGUUUACCUUCAUUUAUAGCCUGCGCGUCACUGAAGAUCUUCACGGGGAGACUUGUUGUUUUUUAGGAUACAUUUUUGAAUCAAAUGACAUUUAUUUGCCUUUAAGCGACACUGGACGUAUAAAGAUGGAGACGUUAUUUUACCUGCUUGCCGUCAUGGUGGCCCGGUUUAGUUUGGGUGUCGGAUAUGCGGAGUCCAGUGUUCAGACUGGACAGAGAGCCGCGAGCAGACACAGGAACUGGUGUGCCUAUGUGGUGACACGCACUGUUAGCUGUGUGAUGGAGGACGGGGUGGAGACGUAUGUCAAACCGGACUACCAACGCUGCACCUGGGGCCAGUGUCCUCGAGUGGCCUACCGGACAUAUAGGAGGCCAAGGUAUAAGGUGGCGUACAAAAUGGUGACAGAGAUGGAGUGGAAGUGUUGCCAUGGUUACUCUGGGGAAGACUGCCACGACGGGCCAAAGGGAACCACUGAACAGAAGGGAGUUGAAACCAAAGAAGGUGACAGUGAUAAGGUCAGACAGCUGGAGGAAACAAUCAAUGGUCUGACCAAAGACCUCCACAACAUGCAGACCACCAUUCAUGGCAUAAACCAGAGGCUGCCUGGUCUAAAUGGGGCCAUUGUCCCAGCUGAUGCAGCUCAGCCACACAUGAAAGAAACUAUCAACAGCAUCCAGACCAAACUGGAUCAUCUCUAUAACAGAACACAGGUCCAUGAUCAGACCCUGCUCAACAUCAACAACCAUCUGGUGAACGGAGGGGGCAACGAACUGGAUGGAGUCUCCAAAGGAGGAGGAAAUGGAGGGAACCAGCUGAACACUCUGAAGGAGGAGAUACUGACGGAGCUGGAGAGAAGGGUGUCUCUGUCUUGCUCUUCCUGCCAGGCCGGUGUGGAGGAUCUGAGGCGCCAGCAGCAGGAGGACAGGGACAGGAUCAGAGCCCUGGAGAAGCAUAUUAGCUCCAUGGACCAGCAUCUGAGGCAGAGUCUGGAAAUUUCCCGCAGUGAGACUGAGCGCUCCAAGGCAUGCUGCAACACUGUCACUGAACUAGAGAAGAGGAUGUCUGAUGUGGAGGUCCGGGUCACCUCCACUGCCAGCAAGUGUGAAGUCAUCAAAGGUCGACUGGAUAAAGAGCUAGCCGGGACAGGUGGAGGAAAGGGAAGGGUGACAGAGGACAGGUUUAACACCAGACUGAGAGACCUGGAGAAGAGGGUGAAUAACACGGUGAGGAAGACGGAGCAGAGGUGUACUAACACCGGAAACAACAUGAAGGACACGGUUCAGAGAGACGUCACACAGCUGCGCAACAUGGUAGUGAGUCGGCUGGAUGACCACAGCUCCAGGAUUGGCAAGAUAGAGCUGGAAGUGGCUGUUCUUGGAGACACAGUGACAGACCACAGCCGACGUUUAAGCCAGCUGGAGAACAACACAACCUUCCUGGACAGAAGGCUAACAGCAACCACAAAAAUGUGCAAUGAAACCUGCGGGCCUAGUGGAAAAGGCCAGAAGACUGAAGACACCGUGAAAACCCUAGAAUGGAGAGUUGUGGCCAACCAAGACGAGAUCCAGAAGUUUAACACUAGAUUAAAUGAUUUGUCUGUGUCGGGUGACUCGCUGUCUGACAAAGUUAUCAACUUAGAAGAUGAUGUCAAAAAAAUAAUUGCUGUGACAGGGAAGAAUGGCGAACGCUUCAACCGGAUUGUCACAGAGGUGGAAAAUUUGGGCCGUGAUUUUGAGGAGUGCUCUAUAUGCAGGAGUGUAAAGGAUGAUUUGCGCUUGCUCACCAACACCACUUUGACUGGCCUCGGCAGGUGCCAGACAGAACUAACAGAUCUGCGGAGAAAGGUCAACUCGGGAGAAACCGUCUGCUCUCAGGUGUGCUCCAACCUUCAGGAGGAGGUGGGACGACUUAGAGAGGAGGUGGAGAAGUGUACGGGACAGUGCAAAAACAACAUAAAUGAUCUGAAGGAUCGCCUGGAUGGUCACACUAUCCACAGUGGUAGAUUAGGAGGGGAUCUAAAGUCCAUCCAAGGAGAGAUAGCUGGGGUCAUGUCCACAUUCAACUCCAUUAAUAACACUCUGAGGGGCCUAGGAAGGACCGUACAGACGCAUGGGAACACACUGACCGAUCUGACCAACACCAAGGACAACAUCAUCUCUGAGGUGGACAAGCUGGAUAAGGAGCUGACGGAUCACCUUGAUGACUCAAAGAUUCGAUUUGGCAGCCUUGGCAAAGAAAUCCAAAUAAUAAGGAGCAACUAUGUGACAGAAGUAGGGGAGUGCCGACGGUCUAGCGAUGGCCUGGACCGAAGACUCUCCAAGCUGGAGGGGGUGUGCGGACGCUUUGACUCUGUUUCAGAGAGCCUGGAGAGGAUCAAGGAGGGCCUGAACCGACAUGUGUCUGGGCUGUGGAGCUGCGUUAAUGGACUCAAUAUCACAGUAAUGUCUCACGGAGAUCUUAUUGACAAUAUACAGCAUGUCCAGCUGGAGACAGUUCACUCCAACAUACACAGCCUGAACUCUUCAGUCGUGGACUUGGUCAAGGAGUUCCACGAUUUCUUCGAACAAGACUUCAUGGGUCCACCUGGUCUGCCAGGUCCCCAAGGAGAGACAGGCAAUCGUGGAUCCCCAGGUCCCGUAGGACCCCAAGGGAGGGUGGGACCUCCAGGUAGAGAUGGUCGUCAGGGACCAGUUGGACCCCCAGGUCUCAGAGGUGAAGAGGGUCCUGCAGGGUCUGAUGCCCACGUACCACGCCUUUCUUUCUCCGCUGCUCUGACUCGCCCGAUGAGAAGCGCAGGAACCAUCGUGUUCAACAAAGUCUUUGUCAAUGAAAAUAACGCCUACAACCCCCAAACAGGUUAUUUCACAGCUCCAGUCAGUGGGAAGUACUUCUUCAGCGGCAUUCUGACAGGCCACAAGAACAUGAAGAUCGAGGCAGUGCUGUCCAAGUCCAACACUGGCGUGGCCAGAGUGGACUCAGCUGGGUAUCAGCCUGAAGGCCUGGAGAAGCCAAUGGCAGAGGCCAAACACAUACCUGGAGCUCUGGCUGUCUUCAACAUCAUCCUGCCCAUGGAGGAAGGGGACACCGUCUGUAUCGACCUCGUCACUGGCAAGCUGGCGUUCUCCUCUGAACCCUUGACCAUCUUCAGCGGGAUGUUGCUGUACGAAAACAUCUGAUUUGAUGGGCAAUAUGGGUGAAACUUUCAGCACGAGAGCAUCUAAUUUGUCUGCUUGGACUCUAAGAGACAGAGCCACUGGACACUGGACAGUCAGUGAGACUGAAAUAACAGGAAUAUCUCUGAGAGGAAGACUGGAUUCUUUCAGCAAGGAGAGCACUUCAUUAUAUUUUACUUAAGUGCUAAGAAGGAAGAAAGAAGAUUUUCCUUGUCAGCAACAGUUACAGUUUGUUUUGUGUUUCACAACUUUUAGGAAAACAACAAAGAGCAAUUGUGUUUUUUUAUUCUUUGACAUGUUUCCUACAGAAAAAAAGCCACUGCAGGGUUAUCUUAUAAUUCCAUAUUACAUGCUGUAAACUUGAAUUCUUUUGUGAUUACUGCAAGAUAGCCUUCAGGUCUCACGUAUGUUAAUGAAAGGAACUUUGGUAGGAUGACAAAAGACUAAGGAUGUGGGUUUUUUGUUUGUAAUCCACCCACAGCAUAUCAAAUAUACAGAGGUUAUUGCACACUCAGUUUUUUUUCUGUUUCUAAUGUAGUUUCUUUUCUUAUUACUAACAGUUUCAAUUCGACCACAAUCACAAUUCCCAGAAACACAAUGCUUGAAUGCCAAUUUUGUUGGAAAAAAUGCAGCGUGAUUUAGGCGGGAGAGGGGACUCAGUCCAAACCACUAUUCUUUACAAGGAAAUGCACAAAUGAAGUCACCGACAGUUCAGUCGAGAAACCACAGGAUUUUAUAAAUCAUACAACAGCAAAACACAAAAGACCAUUUUAGGACAUAAGCUAUGCCCAGAAACACAAAGGGGAGGAGGAGGAUGGCCAGGGGGAAGAAUGGGGAUUUUUUCCCCCUGUGUCCUAAUAAGGGCCAUCUAAACUUUGUAGAGGAUCAAGUAUUUAAAGUUAUGAAGCUGUUACUAUCUGCUCAUCUUACAAUGGAAUUUUCAUUUAAAACUAACGACAACAAGUAAUGCAGCCACACAUACCUGUGUUUAUAUGCUACUAAUGCUUUUUCUUGAACACACACACACACACACACACACACACACACACACACACACACACACACACACACACACACACACACACACACACACACACAAACACUCCCUGCCUUCAGAAGUCUAAUUAAAAUACCUCCAGGAGAAAACAUGUGCACGAUGUAAAGUUUGUAGAUAUUCUUGAAUGGAUUUGAAAAGGAACAUUGCACAUUUUCAGCAGAUUAUUCAGCAGAUUUGGUCUGAUGUUGCAUUAAAUUGAAAUUAAUAAGGAAAUACGCCUCUUUUUUCCGCUGUGUUCAGUGUGGGAAUGUCAUUUUAUGUGUUUCUAAACAUUGUAUAACCUUGAUGGAAUGUAAAUAUUUUAAGCAGUUUUGCCCAUAUAAGAUUUUUAUGAGUUACCACUUCACCUUGCCAGGUACUGUAUGUUUUGUAUAUGUGUUUUCCACAUGUGUGCCUCAAAUACAGAUACCCAGUUUUACACAGGUGAU